AUGGCAAUCACACAAACCAACAGUCGAUCCACCAGACGUGCUAGGGGAGACGUAGCCCCUGAAGGAGCUACCGUUAUAGAUCCACCUUCAUCAAACGGCCCGGAGAACAACCAGCUUGGCGAGCUAGAAGGUACGGACGACCCAGAGCUUGAAAGACUGGACGGAGAAGCGAUACAAGAACAUAUGAGAGACGAAAUCGCGAGAUCGAUGGAUAGUCAAGGAAUUGAAGAUAUGGAGGAAGGUGAAGGAGAUGGUGAUGACAAAGGAGACGGCGAAGACGAAGACGACCAAGAUCAAGACUUCAACGAGCUAGAGGCCUUAGAGGAGUAUGGAAGAGAUUCGAGUUCCAACUCGUCAUCGACAUCAUCUAAUUCAAGCAGCGAUUCCUCAGGAAGCUCAGAAAGCGACUCAUCAGGCAGUGAUUCAUCCGAAUCAGAAGAUAGCAAUUCCUCAUCGGAUUCUGACUCAGACGGCACAGUUCGGAAAGGCACAGGCAAGAACGAGUCGAUUAAAGACCUAAAGCAACGCCUUAAGAAAGCCAUUCGCGCGAAGGAUGAAGCCAAGUCCAAGUUAGCAAGAGAGAAGAAUCCCACUAAAGGUAAAGAAGUGGUGAACAAGCACGGAAAGAAGAAAAAUUUGUCAAAAGUAAAGUCAUCUUCUUCAUUGAAAAAGAGCAUAACGAAAGAGAACGGAAUUCGCUUCCAAGAAAGAGCGCCUUGCAAAUCAACCCUACCCCCAUUACAGACCUAUUGGGGCGAAGCGAUGAAGAACUUAUCAGAGAGUGUUCCUUUAACUGUGCUCAACCCUACCUUCGUGAGAAAAGAUAAGGAGGAGUGUAGAAGAAAUCAGCCAUCAUCGUCAUCCUUGAAAUCUAGAAACCGCGGUUUGACCCCUCCGUCAGAAUACGCUAUGACGUUCAGAGAAUGGAUAGACGGUAUAUCUCUUCUUCGAAAGUAUCUAAAGAAAUCUUACAACUUCGUUCAGAUUGCGAAGCAAUUGAAGACACACGUAAAGCACGUGAAAGACAUCAAAUACUCAACUGAGUCUUGGAUGGUGGCGUUACGCUACGACAUAAUGCUGAGAGAACAGCUGUUUGGUCAUCAAGCUAAGGGAGUUUCAGUACCCGAUGCAAGUAUAUAUGUGGAAAAGUUUGAGAAGAUGGCUAGAGAGAAAGCGUCGAUGAGAGGAGAACUGACCUUUGGAGACAACAACCCUUACGCGAAGGGAGCGAGGUUCGAGAAUCGAGACCCGGAGACUGGAAUCUGGAAUGAACUUCCGUUUCGACACAAAGACGGCUACCUAGGCAACCCAGAGGACCUCGCCUACCAGACAUUGUGGAAAUGCUCCCACCACUGCGACAACAACAACCGGUGGCAAGCGGUAGUAGGGGAGGAGCGUACAGAGGAAGAGGAGGAGCGAGUAAUGGCAGAUCUCGAGCUCGCCAGUAUACCGAUGUCUCCCCCUCCUUUAAGAGCAACUACUGCUAUGAUAAUCGCGCGCACCCCAGCUGUGUUCGAAACCUUCUUGUUGUCCUCCGUCUUUUUACUUCCUUUUUGA